AUGCGCAUCGCUGUCAUUGAAUGCGACUCUCCAAUAGAUCCUGUGCGGGAGCGCCUGGGCAGCUACGGGGAUAUGUUCGAGCGGCUCCUGAACGCAGGGCUCAAGAGCCUGAACUGGGAGAACCAAGUCGGUCUGAAAAUGACAAAGACGAGCGCAGUGGACAAUUUUGUCUUUCCUAGCCCGGAGACGUACGACGCUCUUCUCUUGACUGGAAGCAAAUGGGAUGCAUUUUCCGACACUGAAUGGAUCAUCGAAUUGACAAAGUACGUGGCAAAGGUCUUCAAGGAGACCACCAAGCCAAUCCUGGGUGUUUGCUUUGGCCAUCAGAUUAUCGCCCGGGCACUGGGUGCUCCCGUCGGGCGAGGUAGCGAAGGGUGGGAGAUCGCCGUGGAACCAAUUGCGCUGAAUGAAACAGGACGGUUGCUGUUCGGCAAGGAGAUUUUGGCUCUGCACCAGAUGCACCGAGAUAUCGCAUACGAGGUACCGGUGGGGUGUGUGAAUGUAGGAUCAACACCCAAAUGUCAGGUACAAGGGUUGUACAUGCCACAGCGGAUCCUAACUGUACAAGGACAUCCAGAGCAUAAUGAGUUUGUCAUCAGGAGUAUGAUUGAGAUGCGGUACAGCCAGGGUAUUUUUGAAGAAGGCUUUGCAAAAAGUAAGCUGUUGCAAGCAGGAAUUGAACAUGAUGGAGUUGUUGUAGCAGAGGCUAUUUGUAGAUUUGUUUACAAUACAUUAUCAAUAUAGAUAUAGUUAUAGCUCUUAGCGUAACUCCAUCCGGUCUGGGGUGAAAAGUAAGGACGGUGGUAGAGCCUAGAAACCGACCCUGACCACCCCCAAGCCGGGUUAGGGUUAUGAGGAACAGGGAGGUCAAGACCAACCUGGACCGGACUAGCGGAC